GCUUGCGCUUCAGCAGCCUCGACCUCGCCCCGAAACCUCGACGACUCGGCCGCCCACCUUAGUCCACCUUAGCCCACCUUCCACUUCUCGUCGCUCAUUAUAGACGUGCUUGUAUCCCAUCUGGCAUCGAGGAUACCGCGGCGCCCGCGCUCUGCACCGCCGUCAAUUGACUUUACGGGAACCAAAAGUGGACAGCCUGGCCAGAGCGGCCGCGGCGCACUUGCCAUGAGGUUACUCAAGACGAUCCUGCUGUCGCUCUUGACGCUGGCGCAGGUUGCGCUCUGUGCCGAGGACUACUACAAGGUCCUGGGUCUCGACAAGCAUGCCACCGAGAGGCAGAUCAAGUCCGCCUACAGGCAACUAAGCAAGAAAUACCACCCCGACAAGAACCCAAACGACCCGACAGCCCACGAAAAGUUCGUGCUCGUGUCGGAAGCCUACGAGGCGCUGUCGGACCCCGAGUCGCGCCGGAUCUACGACCAGUACGGCUACGAGGGCUACCAGCAGCGCAAGCAGCAGCAGGGCGGCGGCGGGCACGCGCACGACCCCUUCGACCUCUUCAGCCGCUUCUUCGGCGGCGGCGGCCACUUUGGCAACCAGCCGGGCCAGCGCCGCGGCCACGACGUCGAGGUCAAGGUCGGCAUCUCGCUGCGCGACUUCUACAACGGCCGCACGACCGAGUUCCAGUGGAACAAGCAGGAGAUCUGCGACGCCUGCGAGGGCACCGGCGCCGCCGACCGCGUCGUCCACACCUGCCAGGCCUGCGGCGGCCGCGGCGUCCGCACCGUCCGGCAGCAGCUGGCCCCCGGCAUGGUGACGCAGGUGCAGAUGCAGUGCGACGCCUGCGGCGGCCGCGGCAAGAGCAUCCGCCACCGCUGCAAGGUCUGCGGCGGCGAGCGCGUCGUCCGCCGACCGACUACCGUCUCGGUGACGGUCCAGCCCGGCAUGGCCGACGGCGUCCGCAUCGCCUACGAGAACGAGGCCGACGCCCACCCGGACUACGUCGCCGGCGACCUGAUCGUCACCCUGUACGAGAAGGAGCCCGAGCUCGAGGGCGAGGGCAACCCGGACCGCGUCGACGGCGUCUUCUUCCGCCGCCGCGGCGACGACCUCUUCUGGCGCGAGGUCCUCUCCCUGCGCGAGGCCCUCAUGGGCGACUGGACCCGCAACAUCACCCACCUCGACGGCCACGUCGUCAGGCUCGGGCGCAAGCGCGGCCAGGUCGUCCAGCCGAACCACGUCGACACCAUCGUGGGCGAGGGAAUGCCCAAGUGGCACGAGAACGGCGACAGCGUCUACCACAAGACCGAGUUCGGAAACCUCUACGUCGAGUACACCGUCGUGCUGCCGGACCAGAUGGAGAGCGGCAUGGAGAAGGAGCUGUGGGCCCUCUUCGAGAAGUGGCGGGCCAAGAAGGGCGUCGACCUGCACAAGGACAGCGGGCGGCCCGACAAACCUAUUAUGCAUGAUGAGGCGCAUGAACAUGAGGAGUUAUAAGAUAGACAAAUAGACCGGCGC